GCACCACCGACUUUCGAAUGGCAGACUCUCAACGACACAUGUGAAUGUGAGUUGGAUAUUAAAAGAUAUUCAUGUGUCAGUGACAUGAUUAAGGGAUUUUCUCAAGGAUGGCGGGAGCUCCAGCAACCGCGAACCACCUGCUCCUCUCCCCAUCCCAACCCGCCUUCUAUCUCGUCUCCGGCGCCAAGAGCGCCAUUGUGACCGCGGGGCGUGCAGAGUCACCACCAGGCUGGUUUAGGUCCCUUCCAUUCGGAACGCCAGCGAGAAGUUGUUCCGCGAGGAGCUAGUCGUCAACCCCCUGCGGCAGCAAUGUCUGUGGAACUCAUCCUGUGGCUCUUCUCCUUCGCCUCCGUCGUGCUCCUCGUCGGCCUCACCGUGUACCAGCUUUUGUGUCUGGUAGAUUUGGAGUAUGAUUAUAUCAACCCAUUUGAUUCAUCAUCUCGCGUCAAUGCUGUGGUGAUGAAAGAAUACUCACUCCAAGGGGCACUUUGUGCUUCUUUCCUCUUGACAUUGCAUUGGCUGCCGUUUCUACUCAUGGCGCCAGUGACAUACUACCAUGUGAAACUGUACUUGGCUCGGAAACAUCUUGUAGAUGUCACUGAAAUUUUUAGACAAUUAAAUGGCGAGAAGAAGUACAGGACGAUCAAGCUUGCCUUCUACUUCUGCCUGUUUAUUGUAACUAUUUACAGCAUCUGGGGUAACUUGAGAGGUGCCCCAACAUCUGUUGUUGAGGUAACUUGUACACCUACUUUAGACCUGUCUGAAGAUCAUCAACUCCCCCACCAAGACAGAGUGCAAGUCAUUUCCCAGGCACAAGAUGAAGCCAACCCACCUAAUUUUGAACAAAUACCUAAUAACCAGCCCCCUAAAAAUGUGGUCCCUAAAAGGUGCAAGAAUUUCACAGUUAGCGAAGAUGAAUGCCUAGUCUCAGCAUACCUAAACAUAAGCAAGGACCCCAUCAUAGGGACCAACCAGCCAAUAAAAGGUUACUGGCAAAGGAUAACUGAGUACUUUCACGAGCAUAAGAGCACUCCUUAUGAUAGAUCACAGUCUUCUUUGCAACAAAGAUGGGGAGACAUUCAGAAAGAAACUUCUAGGUUCUGUGGAUUCUAUGUGGAAGUAGAGAGGAGAAAGCAAAGUGGACUCAACGUUGAUGACAAGAUAAAAGAGGCCAUGGCGAUGCACGAGCGUAUAGUUGGCACACCGUUCAAGUUUAUGCACUGCUGGUUAAUUUUACGUCACGAGAUGAAAUGGAAUGCAUUGCUUGAUUCAAUGAAUCCAACAGAUGCUAAAGAAACAGAACAAAAGGGGACAAAUAUCAUGGAAGAGUUGCUUCCCCCCAAAAUUGCACGCCCAACGGGAAGAGAUCAUGAUAAGAAUAUGAAGAGCAACAUCAGCUCAAGCUCUUUCACUGCUUGCAUUAAUGUGCUCCAAAAGUUGUCAAUGGAGCAUGGAGCAUUUGAAGAGAGGCAAGAUGCUACAAGUAGGGAGGAAGCAACACACAUGGUAGUAAGGUCGGAUCGCAAACUGGCCCUACAAGAGGAAGUUAUAAUAAUUCAAAAAGCAAGCCUCGAAAUCCAGCAGCAAAUGCUUAAGCUACAAGAAGAAGAACGUGAGGAGAGGGUGAUGACAAUGGAUGUAAACAAGAUGGAGCCAUGGGUUCGGGAGUACUACAUCAACAAGCAAAAGAAGAUUGCAGCCUCUAGUAUGAAUGUAGAAACAUCGAGUGCACGUGAGCCAAGUUAAAUAUUAGUUCUUCUUUAAGUUGUUGCUACUAGUAUGUAGACUUUAAAUCAUUUAGAGAAUUUCUUUUCCUAGUAUUUGUGCAAAUAUUGAUAUUUCUAUUAUGUUGUACAACAAAAAAACUCAAUGGUAUCACUGUGUCAUGGAUUCAUUAAGACCAAUUUGGAUGUUCCACUUCAUUAGUUAAAUUGUCAUGGUCAA